CGUCAAACCUCUCCUCAAGACCCUGGCCUCGCCAUCAUGAAGUCCGUUGCGCUGCUCCUCUCCGUUGCUGCCUCCCUGGCCGCGGCGUCAGCCAUUGCCGUUGAGCACGAGGCCCACGUCCGCGCGGAUGCUUCGAUCACCCUGCCUCGCUCAGCGGCGUCGAACUGCAACCCUCACAAGCAGAAGGAUAAUUGGGGUAACGCUGUUGAAAAGGACCGCAAGCGGAUCACGAUCCGCGCGUCAAAGAACGACCGGGACGACAUCAGCGACGAGUUCCUGUCGGGCAUCAAGCGAGCAAACAACGGCGGCCUGCUGCACCUGGAGAAGGACAAGACCUAUGUCAUUGGCAAGAAGCUGGAUCUGAGCUUCCUGAAGGACGUGUACGUCAAGAUCGAUGGCGAGUUGAAGUUCACCGACAACAUCACGUACUGGCAGGCCAACAACUUCUUCUACUCGUUCCAGAACAGCAUCACGUUCUGGGUUUGGGGCGGAAGGGACAUCAAGAUCUACGGCUCUGGCACAAUAAAUGGCAAUGGUCAGGCGUGGUGGGACGGCUUCGCGGGGCACGAGAUCCUCGACCCCAACAACGCGUACUACCGCCCGAUCUUGUUCCUCACCGACAAUGCCACCAACGUCGAGGUCAGGGGGAUCCACAUGAAGGACUCGCCCUGCUGGAACAACUUCUUCGUGCGAUCCAAGAACGUCAUCUUUGACGACGUGUACAUCUCGGCCGUCUCGACCAACGCAUCCUCCCUCCCCAAAAACACGGACGGCUUCGACUCGUUCAACGUCGACGGCCUCACCGUGACCAACACGCGCGUCAAUGUGGGCGACGACUGCUUCUCGCCGAAGCCCAACACGACCAACAUCCUGGUGCAGAACCUGUGGUGCAACGGCACGCACGGCGUCAGCAUGGGCAGCAUCGGGCAGUACGCGGGGGUCAAGGACAUCAUCUCGAACGCGCUGCUGCAGAACAUCACGCUGCUGAACGGGCAGAACGGGGCACGGCUGAAGGCGUGGGCGGGCGCCGACGUCGGGUACGGGUACAUCUCCAACAUCACGUACCGGGACAUCCACGUGGAGAACACGGACAACCCGAUCGUGCUGGACCAGUGCUACUUCAACGUCAACCAGACGGAGUGCGCGGCGCACCCGAGCCGCGUCAACAUCACCGACGUGCGCUUCAUCAACGUGCACGGCACCAGCAGCGGCAAGAACGGCCGCGUCGUCGCCGACCUGACCUGCAGCCCCGGCGCCACCUGCACCGGCAUCUACCUGCAGGACAUCAACAUCACGAGCCCCGCGGGCAGCCCGCCCGAGAUCGUGUGCGACGGCAUCCAGGGGGGCAUCGGCGUUCCCUGCGUCUCGGCCAGCGAGGCUUAG